CAGUCCAAUUUAUCCACAUCAAUUUUGAUCACAUUGUGGCAAAUUCUACACGAAAAUCUUGAAAAAAUCUUUAAUUUUUAACUUUUCGUUCAUUUUAUUGCAUAACAAGAUGUACCCCGUUGGUCAACCUCCAGCGGGGGAGACCAGUGCUGGUGCUGUAGGAGUACCAAGUGUGGUGAGUGCAGCAGCGGGCACGACGGGCACAGCUCCUGGUGCACCCAGCACCGCCCCCACGACAGGCGCGUCUCCUGCCAAUGUGUCUAGUGGUCAGGGUGCCGUGUCCCUCGUGUCACCAGCCGCCGCUCCGCCGCCAGAGCUCCCCGUGCUGACAUGCCCGCGACGCCCCAACCUCGGCCAUGAAGGCAGACCUAUUAUGCUUAGAGCCAAUCAUUUCCAAAUAUCUAUGCCAAGAGGUUUUGUUCAUCACUACGAUGUUAAUAUACAGCCUGAUAAAUGCCCCCGAAAGGUGAAUAGAGAAAUUGUAGAGACAAUGGUAAAUUGUUACAAUAAGAUAUUUGGUGCCCUCAAGCCUGUGUUUGACGGUAGGAAUAACCUGUACACAAGAGAUCCACUGCCCAUUGGCAAUGAUAGAGUGGAACUUGAAGUGAUCUUGCCUGGUGAGGGAAAGGACAGAGUUUUCCGUGUCACAAUCAAAUGGGUGGCUCAGGUGUCACUUUUUGCUUUAGAAGAGGCUCUUGAAGGGCGCACAAGACAAAUUCCCUAUGAUGCUAUAUUAGCUCUUGAUGUAGUAAUGCGACAUUUGCCAUCAAUGAUGUACACUCCAGUGGGCAGAUCAUUUUUCUCGUCACCUGAAGGGUACUACCAUCCUCUUGGAGGCGGCAGGGAAGUCUGGUUUGGUUUCCAUCAGUCAGUGAGGCCAAGCCAGUGGAAAAUGAUGUUGAAUAUUGAUGUAUCUGCAACUGCCUUCUACAAAGCACAGCCAGUCAUUGAAUUUAUGUGCGAAGUCCUGGAUAUUCGGGACAUUAAUGACCAAAGAAAACCAUUGACAGACUCGCAAAGAGUCAAAUUCACAAAAGAAAUCAAAGGGCUCAAGAUUGAAAUCACCCACUGUGGCACAAUGAAACGAAAAUACAGAGUGUGCAAUGUGACACGUAGACCCGCGCAAAUGCAAUCAUUUCCGCUACAGCUGGAUAAUGGGCAGACUGUGGAAUGUACGGUAGCUAAAUAUUUCUUGGACAAAUAUAAAAUGAAAUUGAGAUACCCACACUUGCCAUGCUUGCAAGUAGGUCAAGAGCACAAGCACACAUAUUUGCCUCUAGAGGUAUGCAACAUUGUACCUGGCCAGAGAUGUAUUAAGAAACUCACAGACAUGCAAACAUCGACUAUGAUCAAAGCUACAGCACGUUCGGCACCAGAUAGAGAACGCGAGAUCAACAAUUUGGUGCGUCGCGCGAACUUCAACACGGAUCUGUACGUGAAAGAGUUUGGGCUGACCAUUUCGAACAACAUGAUGGAGGUUCGAGGUCGCGUGCUGCCACCGCCCAAACUGCAAUACGGCGGCCGCGUCUCUUCUCUUGGCGGUCAACAAGCAUUGCCGAACCAGGGUGUAUGGGAUAUGCGUGGGAAACAAUUCUUCAUGGGAGUUGAGAUCCGUGUUUGGGCUAUCGCAUGUUUUGCGCCACAGAGGACUGUGAGAGAAGAUGCGCUUAAGAACUUCACGCAACAGCUUCAGAAGAUCUCGAACGACGCCGGCAUGCCAAUCAUUGGGCAACCGUGCUUCUGCAAGUACGCGACAGGCCCUGACCAGGUGGAGCCCAUGUUCAAGUACCUCAAGUCAACGUUCGUGCAGCUACAGCUUGUCGUCGUAGUGCUGCCUGGGAAGACGCCUGUUUACGCGGAAGUAAAACGCGUGGGCGACACCGUGCUCGGUAUGGCGACGCAGUGCGUGCAGGCCAAGAAUGUGAACAAAACGUCACCACAGACGCUGAGCAACCUGUGUCUCAAAAUCAACGUUAAACUUGGCGGUAUCAACUCUAUUCUCGUGCCCAGCUUGCGUCCUAAGGUAUUCAAUGAGCCGGUGAUAUUUCUGGGCGUGGAUGUGACACAUCCGCCGGCGGGUGACAACAAGAAGCCCUCAAUCGCGGCAGUCGUCGGCUCUAUGGACGCACACCCUUCACGUUACGCCGCUACUGUGCGUGUACAACAGCAUCGAGAUUGCGAUGUAUAUUCCAGGCAAGAGAUAGUUCACGAGAUGAGUAGCAUGGUGCAAGAACUGCUGAUAAUGUUCUACAAGAGCACGGGCGGGUUCAAGCCGCACCGUAUCAUCAUGUAUCGUGACGGCAUCUCCGAGGGCCAGUUCAUACACGUGCUGCAGCACGAGCUUACUGCAGUGCGUGAGGCUUGCAUUAAGUUGGAAGCGGAAUACAAGCCGGGAAUUACGUUCAUUGUGGUACAAAAGCGGCACCACACGCGGUUGUUCUGCGCCGAUAAGAAGGAGCAGUCGGGCAAGUCGGGUAACAUACCAGCGGGUACCACUGUCGAUCUCGGCAUUACACAUCCCACCGAGUUUGAUUUCUACCUCUGCAGCCACCAGGGCAUUCAGGGAACCUCGAGGCCAUCUCACUACCACGUGCUCUGGGACGACAAUCACUUCGGUUCGGACGAGCUGCAGUGCCUGACUUACCAGCUGUGCCACACGUACGUGCGAUGCACUCGGUCCGUGUCCAUCCCGGCACCGGCUUACUACGCGCAUCUCGUGGCCUUCCGUGCAAGAUACCACCUGGUGGAGAAGGAGCAUGACUCUGGGGAGGGAAGCCACCAAUCCGGCUGUAGCGAGGAUCGUACACCAGGCGCAAUGGCGCGCGCCAUUACAGUGCACGCAGUCACUAAAAAAGUAAUGUACUUCGCUUAAGCGAUUGUGGCAUUCCAAGAUCGAUUGUAUUUAUCUAGAGGCGACAUCUAUCGACACGAACAUUAUUUAAUUACGCUUAGUUCCGCGCAGUUUAUGCUUAAAAAGAGCCUCUCAGAUUUUAGUUUGCAUUAAUAAAAACUUUACCUUAAACUUACACUUCGCAGACUCAAUUGCCCAAAGACAAAUAUAUCGGAAUGAAAUAAAAUAAAUAUAUUUUUAAAUGUAUUUCUUUGCUGCUUUUCGUGUAAGGGUAAAGUUUUAAUAUAUUGUAGAACUUGUUAGAUCGGUCUCGUAAUGUACAACAGAUCUCUAGCUAAAUUAUAUCGUAUUCGUAACCAUAUCCGCCUGUCACGUAAGGUAUAAAUAAAGGCAUGGCAUAAAGUGUGCAGCACAAAGAGCAGCUUUCUAUUGCCCGUACGAAUAUUUCGAUUACUUUGAAAGUGGAGUGAAAUAAUCUAAGCCUCUAUAACUCCGUUUUUACUGUAAUCAGCUGCUAAAUCGAAAGUCAGUUAGGCAUUAGAAUUACAUUUCGAGCUAUGAAAAUGAGGUCUAUUGCUAGGGCCAAUAUGGUUACGAAAAUAAAAAUUCAUAUUUACAAUGCGAAUCGCAAAAGAUCAAGACAAUCAUACUUUAAUAUAGUGUAUUUUAUUGUUUCUUUAUAAUGUAUUGAAGUUAUAAAUUCUGACUACCAAAAUAAAAAUCGUGAUAAAGCUUUAAAAAUGACCACUUUAAUAAAAUGUACGAAGUCCUUCAAAUUCUUCGGUUUUUAUUUUUAAAGUCAGUUUUUUGUGGUUUUUAAGUGUCACGUUUAUCAUAUCUUGACUAAUUUACAGAGAAUGUUCAAAAACGAAUCUAUCAGACCAGUGCUUAAUUAAAUGUUCAUAGGUGUCUCAGAUUAGAAUUGAUUUAAAUCUUUGUCCAAUUGUUAAGAUGUUGUAAACGUAGUACAGUAGUUUUAUUUGUUACUUUAUGUAAUGUGACUCAAUGUUAUUCAGGGGUCGUUCGAGGUUUAAACAAAUGAAUUACAGCUACAUCUCAAUCUCCACAUGUAAAUAAAUAGUAAUAAACUGUGUAGUAAAAAUAAAGGCACACAUUUUCGUGGUAGUUGAGUAUGAAAUAAAGGUGAGUUUAUAUUUCACGAUGUUUUACAGGGUGAUUCUACUCAUCUAUACGAACAACUUUUACAUUGAAAACUCUCAAAAUUAGCGAAAAAAACAGUUGUUCCAUACUUUUUAUUUUUUCACUCGGUAUCGUUAUCGUUAAAUAAAAAACAUCCCUUCUAGACCAUAGCAUUAAAAGAUUCUUACUAAGAUUUGAGUAAUAUUUUUUAGAACGCUGAUUUACGACUCUAAAGUUAUUUACGACUCUUGUUCAACUAUGAUUGAUUGAGGGCCAGCCGAAUAUAAUCUGGCAAAGCCUUGAGCACCGUCGAAAAAAAGCCAACCUUGCGGGCGAAGAUAUAGUAUCGAAAGUGAAUACUACGCAUGUAAUAUUCCUGAAUUCUCGAGUUGCACUAUUGGGAUCUAGUGUGUACUGAAUAUAGAAUCCUUUGCGAGUACAAUCACGAUGCGCAUCGUAACGACGAAGCUCUACGUAUUCUCAACAAAGAGUUUUUAGUUUCUCGUGUUUAUAAUUUAACCCUAAAAUGGCCAUCGCCCAUUGCUAAAAAUAAAAUUUCUCAGCUUGCAAAUGAGAAAAAUAAAUAAGUGUGCAUCUUCACAUUUCUACGUUUUCUACAGACCCCCUCCCCUUUGUCGUCUUGACAAAUGUUUCGCUUUAAUUAUUUGUUAUUGUUAUUUACUACGUAAUAUCGUAGAUUUUCGUUAUACUACUCUGACAAUAUAACCGCCCACUUAAGAAAUUAGUUUUAGUGUGGACAAUGAACUUUUAAAUUAACUUAAUAAAUUUUAAAUUUUAAUUUAGAGUUUAUAAACCAAAAAUCAUCCAGGUGUUAUUCCACCUGUAUUUACCUCGGCGUCAGUCUAAAUAUUCAGUGUUCAAUGAUUUUUUUAUAAGAAUAUCGAUUCUAUGGGAUUCAAUAUAGAUUUUAAGUAGUUAACUGUGUUUGUUGUGGUAACGGCAUCUGCUAACUUUUGUUUUUAUAGUUGAGUGAAAUUUUAGACCUUUACUAUAAACGAUAUUCAUAAUAGCAUAUGAACGGUUAGUACAUUUCUUUCACAAAACAAUUUCACACACACUUAGUUUACAUAAUUACAAUAUUUAAGAAACUUUAAAAUACCUUUAAACUUUCAGCGUGUAUUGAUCUAUCUAUUUAUAGUGUGCCGAUACACAUUAGGGUGAUCAAAUUAAAGUAGGAAUACAAAGUUAACAUAAAUUAUUUACGUAUGCCAUUAUGUAAUAUGAGUCAGGGCGUUAUAAUUUUGGUUGCUGUUUACUUUCGUAUCACUGUGCUAUGUCUUGUUACUUAAAUACUUUAUCUGCCAAAUUCCCUUUGAACGGGACUUAUAUUGCGCGUCAUAACUUAGGUAUAGGCAUAAACAUAAUAUAAGUUAUUAUUUUAAAUAUAAUUAAUUAUGAAUCUAAACAAGGGAAACGGAAGUUCUUAGAUUUAAGUCCGUAAAAUCCUUUAAUCCAAAAGCAUGUAUUUUGAAUAAGCAAAUAUAAAUUGUGUAUCAAUAAUUAAUCGAAUAUUUUUCAAAACUAAUACUUUUGUUGUAAACGUGAAAUUCAAUAAUCUGUAUUGAGUGAAUGAUAAACAUCAAUUCUGUAGGUGAAAGGGAAAAAGACGUUAAGAGUUUAUAUAUUUUUACUAACAUUGUUUUAGAAAGCCUUUGUGGCAUUUAGGAAUCACGCAAUGGUAAAAUACAUCAUGUCCUAUCGUUGUUUUUUUUAUUUAAUAUAUUUU